AUGGCGACCAAUGUUGCAGAAUUUGGCAUUUGUGCCGAAAGAACUGUCUUUUCUGACUCCACACCUGAAGAUGUGGCGUAUGCCAAGAGUUUCUGGCAAUCUAUUCAACUUCAUCCGCCAAUAGAAUCCAGGUUGGUGUCGGGAAACGUCAAGCAGAGGAUGAAAACGGUCAAUGAAUGCAGCCAACCUCCACCUGUUGAUAAAUUAGAAUAUCCGCCAAAAUUAGUUCAAUUCCUUACCAAAGCUCAUGAGGAAGAAAAUCAAAUUCAGCAGGCAAAACUUCAAGAACUAUGGAAUAAAAAACAACAAUCUCAGGCACUAUUGGAAAAGCAGCGGAGGGAGAGAAUUAGGAAAGAAAUGGUUUCGUCUAACAAAGUCAAAGGUAUCAAACGGCCGGAGCCAGUUCCCCUUGCUGCUGACUCCGGAAAUGAAGAGGAGGACCCUGCAGACUGUUUAAAACAGAUCGACGAAUUCGAUAGAGAAAAAGGAAUUCCAAAUAUAGACUCGGAUUCGGAUUGAGGUGAUAGGACAAUGCGAACUGUGAUAUAAAUCAAGGAAAAGUCAUCCAGGAAUCUGCAUGGUGUUUGCCACAUGUGAUAUUUUUUUGGUGAGAAUCAUAUUCAAAGGUACAAGGUUCAGCCUAGGCAUCCUUAUUCGGUCCUCAAGGAAUAGACAUGAGUUUUCUUACAGAGACAUUCCAGGGGUUAGGUUCGGUUCAACGAGUGGUAUCAAUCUGUGAGUAACAACAAUUCCAUGUUCUGUAAAUGUUUAUUAAGUUUCAAUUAAAAUUGUAUAUUGAA